AAAUUGCCGGCAAAAAUUUGUUUUCAGUAUUUUCUUACAAAAUUAUCUUGAAAAUUGUUGUUAAAGGAUAAAAAUCCAUCAAAGAAUCUAUCCAACAUGAAAAUUCUAUGCAAGAAAUGCAAAAUGAGCGAAAAGAUGCCCGUGACAAUCCUGCAAGAGCAUUGCGUUCAACGGAAGGUUCUUGUCCCAUUUUACGAGGAUUUGGGCGAACAACUCUCGGAAAACUCAAAAAUCUUCCGUAGUCGCGUUUCAGCGCUCGGAUUAAGUGCCGAAGGAAUCGGACUCAACAAGAAAAAUGCAAAACAUUCCGCCGCUGCGGCUUUACUCGAAAAGUUGGGCAUCAAAACGCGGUACGUGAACGACGUCGAAGAAGAAAAAUCCAACGCGGUGCUUCGUCUUUUCGAUAUGUGCAUCGAACGAAACUGGCCUCUUGCGAAAUUCGAACAAAUUCAAGCUUCCGGACCUUCUCACUGCCCCGAAUUCACGUGUCGUUGCACUUUAUCAACCAUCGUGCGUGAAGCUACUGCCCCCAAGAAGAAAGAUGCCAAACAAAAAGCCGCCGUUUUAAUCCUGCAGGUCAUUCAGGAGAUGAAUAUGCUCGAUUUGGACAAACUUAAAAUCGUCGAGAUGCGAGAUGCGAUGGAUGAAGAAGACGAAAACGAGGAACAUGUCAUCAAAACGUAUCGAGACUACAAAAAAUCGGAUGUCAAGAAGACGUUGGGCGUGAAAUUGUGCGAUCGUCACAAGUUUUUCGCGAAUCUCGAUCCGGUGAAAGUUGCGGAAGCCAAAAGAUGUUUAGCUGAUAAUUUGUUGUCGGAUGAAAAUAAGAUCGAGGAAAUGUGUCACGCGUUGAAAUUGAAGUUUGAGAUAAAAGAUGUGCCUUCGACAGGAGCUCCCAUGAUGGCCUUCGAGCUCGAUAAUGACAGUUACGAUUGUUACUUUGUGGCGUUCAAAGACGUCUUUUGGAAGAAGCUCAUUGAAUAUUUUGAUGAAAUGUUGAAUUAACAAGGUUCCUUAAUAAUUUUAAUUAAAUUUUGUAAAAAAAUUAAAAAUAAAA